GGGGGUGGAAGGAAACCAGUAAGUCUCGCGAGAACCUACCCCCCUCCACCAUCGCGCUCCUCCCACCGGCCGCUCGAGCAGAGUGAGAGGGGAUGUUGCUGCUGCUUGUCCGCCAUAGCGGAGGGCUUUAGUCAGCGCCGAGGAGAGGAGCCCCCAGUGUGUAGAGGGCCAGGCACACCGGUAGCGGAGGGACCGGCUGGAAGCAGGACGUCCCAGGAGGAAGGUCCUUCACUGACAGGCCGGGCCCGGGGCCUCCUCACACCGACACACGCCGGGGGGAGAUAAGGAGGGGCCCCGGGGCCGAGUCAGGGCAGCCGCCGCCAACAUGUCGAACCUCAGCAAAGGAACCGGCAGCAGGAAGGACACGAAGAUGAGGAUCCGGGCCUUCCCGAUGACUAUGGACGAAAAAUAUGUUAACAGCAUUUGGGAUCUUUUAAAAAAUGCAAUACAAGAAAUUCAGCGCAAGAACAACAGUGGUUUGAGCUUUGAAGAACUGUAUAGAAAUGCAUAUACUAUGGUGCUUCAUAAGCAUGGAGAGAAGCUCUAUACAGGACUGAGAGAAGUGGUGACGGAACAUCUCAUAAAUAAGGUUCGAGAAGAUGUGUUAAAUUCUUUAAAUAACAAUUUCUUACAAACGCUUAACCAGGCAUGGAAUGACCACCAGACGGCCAUGGUUAUGAUUAGAGACAUCCUUAUGUAUAUGGAUAGAGUCUAUGUUCAGCAAAAUAAUGUUGAAAAUGUUUAUAACCUGGGCUUGAUAAUAUUCCGUGAUCAAGUCGUACGAUAUGGUUGCAUAAGAGAUCACCUGCGACAAACGUUGUUGGACAUGAUUGCAAGAGAGAGGAAAGGAGAAGUUGUAGAUAGAGGUGCAAUUAGAAAUGCCUGUCAGAUGCUUAUGAUCCUUGGGCUGGAAGGAAGGUCUGUCUACGAAGAAGAUUUUGAAGCCCCAUUUUUAGAGAUGUCUGCAGAGUUCUUCCAGAUGGAAAGCCAAAAGUUUCUAGCUGAAAACAGUGCCUCAGUGUAUAUAAAGAAAGUAGAGGCUAGAAUAAAUGAAGAGAUAGAACGAGUCAUGCACUGUCUAGACAAAUCCACAGAGGAGCCAAUUGUGAAGGUUGUGGAGAGAGAAUUAAUUUCCAAACACAUGAAGACCAUUGUUGAGAUGGAAAACUCAGGAUUAGUCCAUAUGUUGAAGAAUGGAAAGACGGAAGAUUUGGCCUGUAUGUACAAAUUAUUCAGUAGGGUUCCGAAUGGUCUCAAGACAAUGUGUGAAUGUAUGAGUUUAUACCUUCGAGAACAGGGGAAAGCCCUGGUUUCUGAAGAAGGGGAAGGAAAGAAUCCAGUUGAUUAUAUCCAGGGCCUCCUAGACCUGAAGAGUAGAUUUGACAGGUUUCUUCAGGAGUCAUUUAGUAAUGACCGUCUUUUCAAGCAAACUAUUGCUGGUGACUUUGAGUACUUCCUUAAUCUGAACUCCAGAUCCCCUGAGUACCUUUCCUUAUUUAUUGAUGACAAACUCAAAAAAGGAGUUAAAGGCCUCACAGAACAGGAGGUUGAAUCCAUACUUGACAAGGCAAUGGUCCUUUUUAGAUUCAUGCAAGAAAAAGACGUGUUUGAACGUUACUACAAGCAGCAUUUGGCUAGACGACUACUUACCAACAAGAGUGUGUCUGACGACUCUGAAAAAAAUAUGAUAUCCAAAUUAAAGACUGAGUGUGGCUGCCAAUUUACUUCAAAAUUAGAAGGCAUGUUCAGAGACAUGAGUAUUUCAAACACUACUAUGGAUGAAUUCAGGCAACAUCUGCAGACAACAGGGGUCUCCUUAGGAGGGGUUGAUCUCACAGUCAGAGUUCUUACGACUGGCUACUGGCCCACACAGUCGGCUACACCGAAGUGUAACAUCCCACCUGCUGCCAGGCAUGCAUUUGAAGUAUUUAGAAGGUUUUAUCUUGCUAAACACAGUGGACGGCAGCUGACAUUGCAACACCACAUGGGUUCUGCAGAUCUUAACGCCACUUUUUAUGGACCUGUCAAAAAGGAGGAUGGCUCAGAGGUCGGUGUAGGAGGCGCUCAAGUUACUGGUUCCAACACACGAAAACACAUACUGCAAGUCUCAACCUUCCAGAUGACCAUAUUAAUACUCUUUAACAACCGAGACAAGUACACGUUUGAGGAAAUCCAGCAAGAGACCGAUAUCCCAGAACGAGAGCUGGUGAGAGCACUGCAGUCUCUUGCCUGUGGAAAGCCUACUCAGAGAGUCCUCACAAAAGAGCCCAAAUCAAAAGAAAUAGAAUGUGGUCACGUGUUCACUGUAAAUGAUCAAUUCACUUCCAAAUUGCAUAGAGUUAAAAUCCAAACAGUGGCUGCCAAACAAGGUGAAUCAGACCCUGAAAGAAAGGAGACCCAGAAGAAGGUUGAUGACGACAGAAAGCAUGAGAUAGAAGCUGCUAUAGUCCGGAUUAUGAAAUCUAGAAAGAAAAUGCAGCACAAUGUAUUAGUAGCAGAGGUAACACAGCAACUGAAGGCCAGAUUCCUUCCAAGCCCAGUUGUUAUUAAAAAGCGCAUUGAAGGACUUAUUGAACGGGAAUAUUUAGCACGAACACCUGAAGAUCGCAAAGUGUACACUUACGUAGCAUAAAAAGUGCGUUUUGCAAAUGAAAUUACUCUUGGACUUCAUACCCCUUCGCAUGGACUGGGAAGUUCUUUUAAAUCAUUACACGGUUACGAACGCCAUCUAUUAAAUUACAAUACGUGUUCUAGAACAUGCACAACAUGCCUACAAGAAUUUUCAACAUCCAAUUUCCCUCGGGGGGCCUUUGUAGAUAUCAUUUAUACAGUUCCUUUGUGGAAUUGUUAACACCCAGAAUUUUCUUUCUCUCAAUUACUGUAUGGAAAGAACAGGAACACCAAAAAAAGAGAAAAUAAUAAAAAAAACUAAUUUAGGAAAUUCAAAUCGCGUUAAUAAAAAUGUGGGGAUUUUAUUCCCUCCCCCCAAAAGUUA